CGGCGCAGAGGAGCGGGCGGGCGAUGGGAGACGCCGCUCCGGCGGGAUAGAGGGGCGGAGACGGGGGCACCCCCGGGGCCCGGCCCGCCCGGGGCUUGCCGCGGGCCCGCACCGAUGCUUGUGCACAGCUACCCGGGCAUGGACCGAGCCGAGGGGCUGCCCGGGGCGCCGGCCGGGGCCCGCCUGCCGCAGCUGCCCUCGCUCAACCAGGCGCCCUAUGGCUCGGCGCCGCCGCUCUGCCACACGCCCGCCGCCGACUUCCAGCCGCCCUACUUCCCCCCGCCGUACCCGCAGCCGCCGUUGCCCUACCCGCAGGGCCAGGAGCCCGCUUACCCUCACCUGGCGGACCCGUACGCGGCGCUCAGCCCCCUGCACCAGCACCAGCAGCCGGCCUGGCCCCCGCAGCGCGGCCGGCAGGACGAGCCGGGGCUGCUCUCGCAGACCCACCGCGCCCUGGGGCUCGACCCUCGCCGCGAGUACCCCGCCGUGCCCCGCCUGCUCCACGGGCUGCCCGACGGCAGCCACGGCCUCGCCGACGGCCCGCUGGGCCUCCACGGCCUCGGCCACCACGGCCUCGAGGAUAUCCAGGCCGUGGACGACGGCGGGAUGAACCUGCUCGAUCAGUCCGUGAUCAAGAAAGGCUGGCUCAGGUGCUCCGAUCACCUGCUGCUUGCGGGAGCAGGGAAGCAGCAGCUGAAGAUCGAGGGGGACUUUUGGUUUACUCAGAUGGCAAGAGACAAUUUUGGUUCCCCAAAAGCCAAGGAAACAAAGCUGUCAGGCUUUAAUGGUAGCUUGUCUCCCUCCUGCAGCAUGUUUAUGGGCAAACAAGCUGCAGAUCAGACCAGGCAAACAGCAGCAGUGCCCAUCCCCUCGAAGGCCAACGGCACCAGCAUCCCCACGCUGGCCAUGAGCAAGGACGGCCUGAUCGGAGGGGUCACCAACCCCAACGAGGUGUUCUGCUCCGUGCCCGGCCGCCUCUCCCUGCUCAGCUCCACCUCCAAGUACAAGGUGACGGUCGGGGAGGUGCAGAGGAGGCUCUCCCCCCCCGAGUGUCUCAACGCCUCUCUCCUCGGCGGGGUUCUCCGCAGAGCCAAGUCAAAAAAUGGGGGUCGGUGUUUAAGGGAAAGGCUAGAGAAAAUUGGGCUAAAUCUACCUGCAGGAAGGCGCAAAGCUGCCAACGUCACCCUGCUCACAUCCCUCGUGGAAGGUGAAGCCAUUCACCUGGCUCGGGAUUUCGGCUACGUCUGCGAGACCGAGUUCCCGGCCAAGGCGGCGGCAGAGUACCUGUGCCGGCAGCACUCCGACCCCACGGAGCUCCACACCAGGAAAAACAUGCUGCUGGCUACCAAGCAAAUUUGCAAGGAGUUUGCAGACCUGAUAGCCCAGGACCGCUCUCCGCUGGGGAACAGCCGCCCCUCGCUCAUCCUGGAGCCCGGAGUGCAGAGCUGCUUGACUCACUUCAGCCUGAUAACCCACGGCUUCGGGGGCCCGGCCAUCUGUGCUGCCCUCACCGCCUUCCAGAACUACCUGGUGGAGUCCCUCAAGGGGCUGGAUAAAAUUUUCAUGAACAGCACGGGGAACGGGCACACGGCCGGGGACUCCAAAGCGUCAGACAAGGAGGCGAAGCAUCGGAAAUAACAGCGCUGCCUGCCCCGGUGGGAGCUCCCAGGGCACCAGGGGCAAGGAAGACCCAGAGCCACUGUUUUCUGAACUGCCGAGCUUGAGCGUGGGGGGAAACCCGCAAGGCAAACAAAGAAAAGACAGGAGAAAAGAAGGCUUAAAGAAUUUAAGAAGAAAACAGUGCUAAUGGACGUAGUGAGACUGAGGGAAGCCAGGCUGAUGGCUUUGGGGUUUUGCCUUUUUUUUUU